AUGAUCUUCCAGCUUUCCGAAGAGUCCCGAGAACGAAUUUCCAAGGUCCUCGAUCUUGGCCGAGUUGCCCUCCACUACGGAUGGAUCCCCUUUGUCAUCUAUGUCGGUGAGUAUGAAUCGGAGUAUUCAGUCGGUGCAGAUACGAGUGUUCUGACUAGUGUCUGA